AUUCUAACGUUGUUAGUUGAUGUUUUGUGGAGUGAGAAAAUCCGAGAAAAUCAAUAACAAAUAGAAAUAAUCGCUAAAAAGUGCAUCAGAAAGUGUUUCCUGAAACAAUUAAUCAUGUCUUCAGCUCUCUAUCUUGAGCACUAUCUCGAUGGCCUUGAGCAUCUGCCAAAUGAACUUCAGAGAAAUUUCAAUUUAAUGCGCGACCUGGACUAUCGUGCCCAGUCCAUUAUGCAGACCAUUGAUGAGAAAUCAAAUGAAGUCCUGGCCAGCAUUGUGCAAUCGGAUGCAUCGAAGGAAUCCACGAGACGGGAGACAAUCAAACAAAUCCAGGAACUCUUCAACAAAGCCAAGGAAUUCGGCGAUGAUAAGGUUCAGUUGGCAAUUCAGACGUACGAGCUCGUGGAUAAGCACAUCAGACGACUAGAUUCGGACCUUGCGCGAUUUGAGGGAGAGAUCCAGGACAAGAAUAGCAUAACACGUGGAAAAUAUGAUGAUAUUUCUAAAAAAAAACGCAAAGGGAAUGAUGCAAAAUCACUUGGUAAAAAGAAGAAGCCUCAUUCGUCUGAGGAUGAGGCCAAGUGGAAUAAUACAAAUGCCAGUCCACACGUUGGUAAACACAAGAAACAAAAGGUAAUUCAGGAAAAAGAUAAUCGCAAAGGUCCCAAGAAAAAUGCCGACAUUGAGGAGAGGAUUGCUGAUCUGGAUGGUCAUGGAACACCUCAUCCCAGUGAUGUACUGGACAUGCCCGUGGAUCCGAAUGAACCCACAUACUGCCUGUGCCACCAGGUGUCCUACGGCGAGAUGAUUGGAUGCGACAAUCCGGAUUGUCCCAUUGAAUGGUUCCACUUUGCAUGCGUGGGAUUAACGAUAAAGCCCAAAGGGAAGUGGUUUUGCCCAAAAUGCUUUCAGGAUCGAAAGAAGAAAUAAAGGCGCACGUUGAUUUUCAUUUUUUACAAA